UGUGAUUUCUCAUAUCACAAACUCACUCUCUCUCACAUAACCAAACUCUCUCUCACAUAACCAAAAAAAGUGUGUUUUGUGUUGUAUUGUUGUAUUGGUGUGUUUACAUCACAUUUUACACUUUUUUUAUUUUAUUUUUUUUUUUAUGAAUGAUGGAAAAACACAAGUGCAAAUAUUGUUAUAGAAGUUUCUCCAACGGAAGAGCAUUAGGCGGACACAUGAGAUCACACAUGAUGAACCUACCAAUUCCUCCCAAACCAAACGACUCACCACCAUCACCACCGCCACAACCACCACCACCACCGCCAACGAUUCAACUCAGUUUCGAAGCCGAGUCAGAUUCAUCUCCUUCAUCCUCAUCUCUCUAUAGCCUAAGAGAGAAUCCAAAGAGAAGCUUCAUUUUCACAGAUCCCAAUCAAUUCAUCGACGCCGGUUCCAUAAUUCUCCAACAAGAAAGCGAAACCGAAACCGAAACUGAGUCGUCGAAGAAUCCAACUCGUCCACGAUCCAAACGAGUCAGAAAACUCGACACGGCCAAACCGAAUGACUCGGUGCUGAGUUCUUCUUCGGAUAUAACUACCGAAGAAGACAUCGCUUUUUGUCUCAUGUUGCUCUCUCGCGACAAUAACAACAAUUGGCGAUCUCAAACACAUAAACAAACACAAACACAAAGACAACAGUACAAUUAUCAUGAUCAAGAUCAUGAACAACUAGAACAGCAUCAUUAUUACGUCGAUGAAGACGAAGACGACGCUGACGUAGAAGUCGAAGAAAUCGAAGAAGAAGAAGAAAGUGAAGCUGAAUCUGAGGAGGAACUGAAACCGAUGAAGAAAGUACGAGGGAGAUACAAAUGCGACACGUGUAACAAAGUGUUUCGAUCUUAUCAAGCACUAGGAGGACACAGAGCGAGUCACAAGAAAACUAAACAACUUGCUGGCGAUUCAUCUUCACAGCAGAAUGAGAAAAUCAACAUUGAAAACAUUAAUGUUAAUAUUAAUGUUAAUGUUGAAAAGAAAAUUCAUGAGUGUCCUGUUUGUUUUAGAGAAUUUGCUUCAGGUCAAGCACUUGGUGGACAUAAGAGAACACAUGGUAUUGGAACAUCGUUAUCAGCAGCAUCAGCUUCAACAUCGACAACAACAAUAGCAGCGGUUACGGCAUCAGCAGCAGUAGCAACAAACGUUGAGGUUGUUGUUCGAAGUUCUGCGAAAUUCGGAGAUAGUUUGUUAGAUCUAAAUCUUCCUGCUCCUAUGGAUGAUGGUGAUGGUGAUGGUGGUGAUGAAGGUGGUUCUGCAGUUUCCGAUUCAUAAUUUGACAAACUUCAAUAAGGUUGAAAAGUUUUUUUUUUUUUUUUGAAGUUUAGUUUUCGGUGGUUAAGUUAUGAACUUAUGAUGAAUCCAAAGGUACACAAUUUUGGUUCUGUUUUUUGUUUUUUUAGUUGAUUAGAAAAUUAUAGAUUUGCUCAUUGGUUUAGCAAAUUGGGUUAUAUGGUUACUUUAUAGUUCAUACUUUUUUAUUUUAAUAAUGAAUUUAUAUGUUAUAAAGUUAUAAUAGUUCUUCUUUGAUUCUAACUGUAAUUCAGUUUUUGUGAGACUAUUAUGUAUAAUUUAUUGAUAUUUUGAUA